CUGUAGAGGGUGCUGUUGACAGGUGGAAAAGAGAAAAGAUUGAGAAAAUAUUUUUGUAAGGAACUAUAGGUCAAAAUGGGUGUAAUUGAUGACUUUCUGUUAUCUGCAUUUUAUUAUACAGUUGAUGCACCUGUCACAUACGCAAGAUCAUUCAUUGAAAGGCAACGUGCAAAAAACCCUAUCUACUACUACCAUCGAAGGUAUCCAAGGGUUACUGAGAUGUGGGAUUGUAAUGAGGAUGACAUAGUGUGCAUGUUUGAAGCGGAAAGUCAGUACCAGAGAGACAGAGUGGUGGAUCAAGAGAUUUUGACUUUAUUGAAAAAGACAGUUGGGAGAUGUUACGCUGAACAGGGCCAUAGUGCCAAAAUAGCCUGUAGGUCCUAUUUAGACGAUUAUGAGGAAGCUGCAGAUAACUACUACACUAAGUAUGGAGAACUUGGCUUUCAUGGCAAUGCAAGGAGAUGUUAUUCUAAGCAGCAACACAGGAUGGUAGAUGAAAGAAGGAGAGCUCAGGAACAAGAAAACUAAACACAAACGAGUUAAAUGUUAUAUCGCAAUUAAACAGAAUAGUGAAAAAAUACAUAGAAAUAUAUUGGUCAAAGAAACUACAGAAUAAAGUUGAAGUGUAUGUAUUUAAUACUAAAACAAAAAUAGCAAAUUUUCAUUUCUAUUAUUAAACAAGACUUACUUACAACAGGCCUACU